AUGACUACGAGUCCGUCAAGAUCCCAAAUAUGGCAUCCCUCGAGAGGCAUUUCAUUUUCACCGAGCCCCAGUAGACCCUCUUCGGUUGUGUACGGGUCGCGACAGCUCAGUCACUCGACACCGGCUUUGGCGGAGAGGCACCACGAUGCCCUGUCAGCUGCCACACGACAAGAGCAACAACGAGACGCGGAGCACCUCUAUCACCCCAUAGAGACGGAGCCCGCCAGUCUUUACCCUGUCCUGCCACUGUCGCCAGACGCGUACCCAGUAGUUCAAGCUGAGGGGGGUGUUCUAGCAGCUCCCGCGUCGGGGGGACCCGAACAAAAAGCUGAAGAGGAAGCCCCCCUCGAGCCUCCAUAUCCAGCUUUAGACUACAAGUUGUCAAAGGAGCUCUACUAUGCUGCAAAACGGGCAGCCCCCGGAUCUCCUGCAUCGUACUGGUCGUACUCAUUAUACAGAGGACCUAGUAAGGACGGAACCGCCCAAAAGCCCAAGGUUCAUUAUUGCAGAAGCAAGCACACGGCCGAAAGGGUCUGCCAGCAGUACUUUGCCAACGAGAAGGUGUUGGGUUUUGAUCUCGAAUGGGCCGCCGACUCGCCUAAAUCAGCCGGCCCCAGACGCAAUGUCUCGCUGAUCCAACUGGCUAGUCAAAGUCGCAUCGCCUUGUUUCAUGUAGCCGUGUUUCCUAAAGAUGAUGACUUUGUCGCCCCAACUUUCAAGAGGAUUAUGGAGGACGCCGAGGUUACCAAGGUUGGUGUUUGGAUAAAGGGUGACGCCACCAGACUGAGGACGCAUCUGGGCAUCGAGUCCAAGGGCUUGAUGGAGCUGAGCCACUUAUGCAAGCUUGUCACAUACUCGAGGACUGGGGAGUACAACAACAUCAACAAACGAUUGGUGCCACUGGCCACCCAAGUUGAACAGUAUCUACACCUGCCCAUGUUCAAGGGACAAGAUGUUCGAUCCAGUGACUGGACUAAACAACUGAGCUGGGAUCAGGUUACCUACUCAGCAUCGGAUGCCUAUGCUGGCGUACAUCUCUUUGCAACCUUGGAACACCACAGGAAACAGCUUGAUCCAUGCCCGCCCACCCCACAUCAUGCAGAACUUAAUCUCCCUAUUCGUCUCUCGGACGGUCUAGAUUUAGCGACAGACUCGGAAGACGAGGUUUCUGAACCUCCACCGGAAGAUGACGGAAAUAGCUCUGGCAUUUUGAGCCCUGCAGCCAGAAAGCGUGCGCUCUUAGCACAUCUGAAAGCUCUGAAAUCAGCCACAAAGCAAGUAGCACGUACACUGCGCGAGACGGAGGACGUCUUGGACACUCUUGCCAAAGAUCCACGUAUCAACGCAGCAGAUACCUGGGCCAGGACAUUCAUCGCCGAGAAUUACCAAUCAAUUCAGGAUGAAACUGCAUUUGUCAGCAAAGUGACUUCCGGUUCUGCUCGGUUUGUCGAGCUUCGAGCAUAUCACUUGUGGCACACGAACAAGGACUUGUCUCCUGAGGAUGUGGCUGCGCUUCUGCGAACACCACCUUUGAAAACGACCACGGUUGUGGAGUACAUCUCAAAUGCGGUGAGACUUGAGAGUUUACCGAUCAACGGCCUUAGGUUCGACAAGGACAUCGACUCACGAACCAGGACGUUCAGCAGAUAUAAGAAAAGGUCUCAAUCUAAUCUGCCUUCUUGA